UAUCACUCAUUUAUCAUUCAACACUGACUUCUGGUGCGAUAAAUCACAAUGAGGCUGCUUGUAGUUUGUGUUUUUGCUAUUGCAGCCUGUGUUAGUGCUGAAGAAAAAGCACCAGAAGAUUUUAGUGUCUCAGAUUACAUCCAAAUCAGCAAGAACGGCAAUGAAAUCACCGGCAGAAGUGAUGAUUCGUUCGAGACCACCGUUGAAGAGUACCUGAAGAGUCACGAUGUCACUUUGAAUCUCCCGGUGAUUGGCUCGACUUUGAGCUUCACGGGAAGAAACUUGGACCAGGAUGAAGUCGAUGUUAAAUUCAGAUUCAACACCGGAAGUCAAGUUGAAGCUCGCAAGAAGUCCAAAUUGAAGAAAAUCUUCGUCCCCAUCUUCAUCUUCAUUCUGAUUAAAGCCAUGGUUAUGAUACCGUUAGCUCUCGGUAUUCUUGCGAUCAAGACGUGGAAUGCUUUGCAAUUGUCUUUCGUUUCGUUUGUUGUGGCUUUGGCUUUGGGUGUUUGGCAGUUGUGCAAGAAAAUAUCGGGAGAUAAUGCACAUCCGCAGAUUGUUGCCGCUCAUAGUCCUUGGGAAGCCCCAGCUGCUAGAGCUUUCGGAGAGGAAGCCCAGAAAAUGGCUUAUUCGGCUUACGCUCCUUUGUAAAGUGUGUGAUAUUGUUGCUAUUUAUUGAGUGUUUGUGGAUAUUAUUUAAUAAAAAUAUUAUUAAAAAACACUGACUUUUG